CUCCGAGCUCCGCCCGCCACGUCCCGCGUCGCUGUGGGGACAUGUCCGGGGAAGGCGAUGGGGUUUUCUCGGCUUUCGUGGCCCUGCACGGCGCUGCUCUCCGCGCCUCGGGGGUUCCGGAGCGCUACUGGGAGAGCCUGUGCCGCAAGCUGCGUGGCGAGGUAUUUGAUGCUGGUGACUACUUUGGUAUAAUGCAAGUAGAAGAGGUGGAUGAGGAGGAAGAAGGUGGUGAAGAAAUGGAAGAAGAAUUAAAAAAACCAAAUCCUGGAAAUGAACCAUGUUUCAAAGUUAUAGUAACAAAUGAGAACGGGCUUCGAGCCUCCAAUCCCAAUAGCAUUUUCCUCAUUGACCACGCCUGGACGUACCGCGUUGAACAUGCCCGUCAGCAGCUGCUUCACGUACCGGGCUUACUGCACAGGAUGACGAACCUCAUGGGAAUCGACUUUCACGGAGAGAUCCCAGAUGAGGGCAGUAUUGAGCAAGUGUUGCGGGAAAUGUGGAAAUACAAUCAGACCUACAAGCUUUCUCAAGGGACUGCUGAGGAGAAGGUUCCUGUCUGGUACAUUAUGGAUGAAUUUGGAUCACGCAUUCAGCAUUCAGAUCAACCUAGUUUUGCAACAGCACCUCUGUUUUAUAUGCCUCAACAAAUUGCUUACACUGUUCUCUGGCCUUUGAGAGACCUUGAAACUGGGGAUGAAGUGACUCGCGAUUAUGCUUAUGGGGAAACGGAUCGCUUGGUCAGGAAGUGUGUUUUGUUACCAUGGGUGCCUAAUGAAGUGUUGGAUGUCAACUGUUUUACACCAGAGCCAUCAGAUGAGCAUUACGAGGCUCUUUUAGCAGAAAACAAGGAAAAAUUGCCUAUAGCGAUAAACCCACAAGUUUAUGACAAAGAUAAAGUUUUCAAGGUUUUCACAGAUAUUCAGCAAGUCCUCAACAACGUGACACAUCCCCGUUUUGUGUUCACAGACAAUGAGAAAGAAGCAGACAUCCUCUACAACUUCUCACACUUCAAAGAUUAUAGGAAGCUAAGUGAGGAAAGGCCUGAGGUAAUGCUGAAUCAGUUCCCAUGCGAGAACCUCCUGACUGUCAAAGACUGCUUGGCAUCGAUCUCCAGAAGAGCUGGAGGACCAGAUGGGCCAAAAUGGUUGCCUCGUACUUUUAACCUGCAGACAGAAUUGCCUCAGUUCAUCAGCUACUUUCAGCAACGUGACAGAAGAGGAGAAGAUAACCACUGGAUAUGCAAGCCAUGGAACUUGGCCAGAAGCCUGGAUACCCACAUCACCAACAGCCUUAACAAUAUCAUCAGGCAUAGGGAAAGCAGCCCAAAGGUCGUGUGCAAAUAUAUUGAGAAUCCAGUCUUGUUUCACCGAGAAGACGUGGGGAUGGUUAAAUUUGACAUCCGUUAUGUUGUAUUGCUGCGAUCUGUAAAACCACUCAAGUUGUUUGUUUAUGAUGUAUUCUGGCUGCGCUUUUCGAACAGGGCAUUUUCACUUGAUGACUUGGAUGACUAUGAGAAGCAUUUCACAGUUAUGAAUUAUGCUCCUGGUGUAACAUUAAAACAGGUACACUGCGAAGAAUUUAUUCCUCUGUUUGAAAAACAAUAUCCUGAAUAUCCAUGGGCAACAGUACAGGGAAAUAUUUUUAAGGCAUUUGCUGAACUGUUCCAAGUUGCUUCAGCUAAACCUGCACCUCUUGGCAUCUGUGAUUAUCCAUCAUCAAGAGCAAUAUAUGCCAUUGACUUAAUGCUUAAGUGGGACACCAGCAGAGAUGGGAAAAGAAUUAUGCAGCCUCAGAUUCUGGAGGUGAACUUCAAUCCUGACUGUGAUAGAGCUUGCAAGUACCACCCUACCUUUUUUAAUGAUGUCUUCAGCACCCUAUUUCUGGAUGAAACCAACAGCUGCCACGUGACGUGUAUUGUCUAACCAUGGGAGGCUUGACUAGUAAUUUCUUUCCCAGAUAUGCUUAACAGCAAGAUAGAUAUUUCAGUUCUGUGAGCUGCUGAUGCAACUAUUUUCCUAUACUGGUAACCCAGGGAAAAAGAAAAAAAAAAUCUUAUCAGAAGAAUAUGCAUAUAUUGUAUACUGUAUUGAUAAUCAUUUUGUCUGCAUUUUCCUUGUCUUGCUUAGUUUGAUAAAUCAUCAGUUUGUCUUGACCAAAUGUAUUGUUUACUGAGUAUGUUCUCAAAAUAGGACAGUAACUGGAGCAAUUGACUUGUUUUUCAGGUAGCCUGAUUGCUUGCUUGCUUGAGGGCAAACAUUACACAAGAUCCCCAUGUCAACAUUAAAACUAUAAUUUACUUGAAGCACGUCGGAGUUCGUAUAUCUCUUUAUCUAUCCCUAUGUUAUUCAAAGAUCUAAAGUGUUCUGAUGGGAAAAUAAUAAGGUAUUUCAAUGCAAUGAACUAGUAGGAUAAUGGGAUUAAAGUUUUGAUGGCUCUUCCCAUUUUUCUUAUUUAAAAAAAGGCAAACAAAACCCACAACAUCUAGGAAUCCUGUAGUGCUGGCUGUCAUCAUUAGCCUGCCCAUUAAAGAUGCUAGAGUUUUUGAGAAGGGGUCAGGCAGGCAGUGAGAAGGACGCAGUGUCUCGAGCAGCAGAGGAAAGCAAAAGCAACCUGACAGAAUUAAAGGGAUUUGGGAAACUGCUAGAAGCCUAAGCAAUCUUUGGACUUCAAAAUUUAGGGCCUAAGAUAGAGGUAUUUGAGAGUGGGUGUCAGUUUGAAAUCUAUCAUUCCUAAUCUUUCCUCCCUCCUCACAUCAGAGUAACUGGCUGAAAUUUAGAAUGUAUUUAUGUUGGUUUGUACGCAUGUACAUGUUGCAAAAAUUCUACUGUCUGUCAUGAGGUAUAUAUAUAUAUGAGGUGGCUAGUAUUUUUUAAAGCCAGUGGCAGCCAUCAGGAUCUGCUUGAGAGCAGAGUACAGUUAUAAAAUUGUAUAAAUGCUCUGAACCUUGCUUCAGGCUUUGCAAAUAGGCAAUGUGUUACCCCUCGGAAUCAGGAAAGGAGAGGGAUAUUUCAGCUGUUUCAGGCAGGUUUGCAGAAACCUACUUCUUCCCACUGACUAGAACAUAGGCUGAAAAAAUAAACCAUCUGUGCCUUACGAAAAUUCAGUCAUUGCAUAGGUGGGGCAGAAGGGAGAGCUGGAUUGCACAGCCAGAAGUGGUGCUGACAGCCAUAUCAAUCUCCUGUGUGAGUCAGAACUUUUCUGGACUCCUUACUUAAAUGUGAUUAAAGAAGCGUGGUGAAAUGCUUAACAUAGUUGUGUGAGUACCUCCAGUGCAGGGAAAAGUUUGUCUGUGAGAUAGAUUACAGUAACGGGUGCUUGAGACUAGACAUAAGGGGCCAUGCAGUGCUGCUCAGCAGAUGUGACUUGUAGGGGAGCAAAAGGCACUUUUUGCCUUGAGAGUAGCUGAAAACGUGUAACAAAAUGCCUGUGGAUCUUAUAAUGAGGUAGGUUUCCCUCGUCACAAAGGGAGAAGUAAUGUCACACUUAGCAAACCAGAAGAAUGAUUUUUAUAAAGUCAUAAGAUUUAUACAGUGGGGCCACAAGCUGUGGGCAAAAAUAGCCUGUUGUGCUCUUACACAAAAGAGAUGUUUUUAUCUUACAGGAAGCAAUGAGUUGAACUAAGCUUCCCAGAUCUUACUGUGUCAGCUACCUUAACCUUGCAGGAGAAACCCUUGUUUCUCUUUCUAAGCAGCUAAAGAGAGAAGGUGCAGGUAGGAGACACAAGUAGCUGUGAUGUGGGUCCUGCUCUUCUGGGCAACAGACCCACCCGUGACCUGGCUGCUGGCGCUGCUGUCAGGGUCUAGUGAUGAACCAGCAUCACACUGAUGGUCCAGGUGCUGCUGGUGAUGCCUCAGAAUCACGUGCAGGGGGCUGCUGAAUGUUUGUGUCCUCUCAGUUUCUAUCCA